CCUACCAGUGUAUAUUUUAAUCAGUUUUUGCCGUUUGAUGAGACCGUUUUCAAUGAAAUAAUAACGACAAUAACGAAACCCUAGUAGAAACUACACGAAUUAUUAAAAGCCCAGUAGAGUUCGAUAAAUAAAGAACAGAUGGAUUCCGAAGAUAACAUAAGCAACCACGAGAUGAUAUCCACUUUGAAAAGCGAGUUGGCUGCAUUGCAGUUCAAAAGAGAUCGCCUUAUGUCCGAGCUGCAAGACACCAAAGGGCAGCUUCGGACUAGAGAUCAAAGAACGGUAGAGCUCGAGGCCGAAACGGAAAUGUUGAAAGAGCAGCAAGUUAGACAAAAUUCGAUCAUUGCCAGCCUGAGGAAUAGAAUAAAAGAAUUGGAGGACCAAGAGAGAUCGUUGACUACGUCAUUGGGAAGAGCAGAUAUGUCAUCCGAAUCUUUAGCUAGAGAAAAUCGCCAUCAAGCAGAUAGGUGUUCCGAGUUAGAGAGGAAAAUCGAUUUAUUAGAAUUAAACUGUACUAAAGCUGAAAACGCGAGGGACUCGGCAAGAAGAUCAAUGUCAGAGUUUGUAAGUAGAGCAUCGAUGGCGUUAGGGUACGAGUCUUUGAAUUCAGAUUCUCCAGCCGCUGUUGAUGUGGUUUUAUCCAAAGCGUCGGAAAUGCAUCAGGAAUUAAACAGAUUGCGUCGUAAAAAUAUUUCUGCCAGUGAAAAUUUAACCUCGAUAGAAGUAGAAUUGAGGAAUUGUAGAGAACAAUUAGAAAGGGCCUUGGCUGAUAAAGAAAAUCUUCAAAGACAGGCUGCUGGCCAUAUUCUCGAAAUAGAUAAGUUAAAACAAGAGAAAGAACAUUUGGAAAUGCAACAGAGAGUAAUGGAACGUGAUUUAUCCGAACUCAGAGAUAAACUGAUGGCAACCAAUAGGAGUUUAGGCGUCGCGUCUAGCAAUAUAGCCAGUCAGGAAGCCACUAUAUUCACUCUUCGAAAUGACUUACGAGGACACGAUGAGAGGUGUCAAAAAAUGCAGAUUGACAUGCAACACUUUUUGGAGUCAUUGGCUGUGUGUCUGACGUCAGCGGAUGGAUAUGUUCAGUCCACUGAGAGCGGUGUCAAAGACGCGGUGAAGAGGCUAGUCAACGAGUUAGCUACUAAGAGCACACUGCACGGGGAAUCCAAGGAUAGGAUAAUCAGUUUGACCGACCGAGUCGAACGGCUGCAGAUUGAUCAGGACAGAUUGGCGUCGGAAAACCGAGUGUUGACGGACGAAAAACGCAACUUAGAGACUCGAUUGAACCACACCGAGAGCGAACUCAAUGUGUGUGAAAUGACUAAAGAACAUUUACGUAAUGACAAGACAAUCUUCGUUACAUUCCUCGACAAACUAUCAAGAGCCAUGCACAUGGACCAGAUAGCGAAAGACGUGGGCGUCGACUUACACACGGAAUCGCUGCUGCUACGCGCCGAACAGCUUGCCAAAUUGGAAUACGACAAAAACAUCGACAAGUUACUGCUCGGUUACCCUUAUACGUCGUCGUCGUUAUCCAGACAUCGUUUAUAUUGCGAUUUUCCUUACAGAGAAAGCGCUUUAGUUUAUCAACUGCAACGACGCGUACGUACGUUAAGGGACCAACUGCAAAGACGUGAUCUCCAUCUCGAUUUGUUACGUAAGAAAAUCAGUGUCCAAGACGAGAGUACAAAAAUACGCACACUCUUGGAAACAGAAAGAGAUGAAGCUAAUAUACGGGCUAAAAAGUUGCAAAAACAAUUGGAUAAAGCACAACUACAGUUGACAGAAUGCAGAGCGCAGAUUCGAGACUUGAAACUACAACUGUCCGAUGCUGGAGAUUGUAAGUUGACUUCGUUGGAAAGAGCGAAGAAAAUUGAUGAUCUCGAAAAACGUCUCGUCGAAUCGGAGAUGUUGCGGAUGCGUUUUUCACGAAAAGUCACAGUGCUCAAAGAACAAUUGAAAUCGACUUCCGAUUGUCAUAACCAAGACAAAACUCUGAACGAGCACACGAUGCGAGUGCUACAGGAUGACCUAUCGUCGAUAAAAUUCCAAUUGAGCGAAGUGAAACGUCGAGAAUGUUCUCUCGAAGAUCUCCGACGGACGGUUAUCAGCCUGCUGGCGCUGGACUCGUCGUGCACCGACUACGAAAUAACGUCGAAAAUAACCAAACUGGUGGCCGCCCACCGAGAGUUUUCCAUCUUGUCAAAGAGGUACGACGACCCACUGCCAUCUUAUGUUCAUCUGCCACCACCCUCAGAGUCGUCGGACCCGUUGACGGUUGACGACUUUGAGAUCCUGAAUAACGCGUACAACAAACGUCCACAGAGGAAGGCUUAAACGACGACUUUGACGUCUCACCCGGUUCAAGUAUAGACUUCGAUGAGUAGAUUUUACUUUGAAGUCCUUACGCCUUUCCGACUUGUGCAUAUAUAUUCAUGUAUACAGCGAAACACGCGUGAAUAAUCAUAAAAUCCUCCACCUUCGCAUAUAUACGCGUUCCGCCGCGUAAAAGUAUCACUGUCAUUAUUGUUACGGUUUAUAUAUCUGUAAUAUUGUAUAAUAUAAUAUUAUUAUAUGCGGUUAGAUUAUUCAUUAAUGCGUACCUACGUUUUUCACACAUUUUUUGACUUGAAAUAAUAUUUAAUUUAUUUUAUCGAUAUUUUUAACGUCUACUAUGAAAUGGUAGAAUAUGCAUAGCUUUGUUUUUAAAUCGAUCCGUACUAAAACUCUUGGGUGUUUUGAGUUUUUCACCAUUCUGUAUAAUCAUUCACUUUAAAAUUGUACAUGAUGUUUUUAAUCUAUCGCUGAGAAUAGGAUUAAUAGAAAUAAUUUAUAUUUAAUUCAUAUUAGUGUUGCAGUGUUUAAUAUAGCCGCAACCGUUUUACAUUCGUUAUUUGUGUGAUUUAUUUUCGAAUCAUCUUUUCGAUUAAUGUUUACCGUGCGUUAUGCAAGUAUAAACAUAUUUGAUAGUUAUACAUUUAAUAUUAUGAAAAUAGCGUUUAAAAAAUUAAAAUAUUUAAAUAAGCGCAUCAGAUGAGUUUUGUAUUUCUGCCAUAGAUAUAUUAUAACGACGUGUUUUCAAUGUAGAUUUAAUUUGUGAUAGACGAGCAAAGAUGAAUUUUACGAAAGGUCUACUCGACUAUUAUAGGUAGGUACACGUGCAUUUUAGUUCUUUUUCAAUUUACUACGCGAUGUUUGGUAUUAUAAAAAUAUUAAAAAGCGGACGUUAAAAAUGUAAAAGAUUUUUAAUAAAACGUAAUUUUUAAUAAUGUUAUAUAUUUUAUCGCUUUUAUUGUAUCAUACUUAUAUAGGUACUGUGCUACAUCAAAGCUGUGUGUUUAUUUUUGUUCAAUCUCUAAAUCAUUAAUUUAAUAUUUAAAAAUUGUA